AUGGCUACGUUGGACAAGUACCAGACAUCGCUCAUCGAGCAUGGCAUGUCAGUGGGCGCACUUAAGUUCGGAUCUUUCGUCCUCAAGUCUGGCCGGACGUCUCCGUAUUUCUUCAACGCAGGUCUUCUCGCUGACGGCCCGGUUCUCGACACGCUCUGCUCCGCUUAUGCGGCGACGAUCGCUGCCUCGUUGAAAACGUCCCCUGGUCUUCCCCAGUUUGAUGUUCUCUUCGGGCCCGCAUACAAAGGCAUUCCGUUUGCCGCAGGCACUGCUCUGCUGCUUCACCGUGAUCAUGGGAUCGAUGUGGGCUUUGCCUUUGAUCGGAAAGAGGCGAAGGACCAUGGUGAGGGAGGCAUGAUGAUUGGGGCACCUGUGAAAGGUAAACGCGUUCUCGUGCUUGACGAUGUUGCUACCGCGGGCACCGCAAUCCGAGGUGCGAUUGAGACGGUGAAGAGGGAAGGUGGAGAGGUUGUCGGAGCAGUGUUGUUGCUGGACAGACAAGAAGUUGGCCGGGAGGGUAAGAGCAUGAUUGAGGAAGUGGAGAGCACUCUGGGAGGCAAGGGCACUGUCCCCACCAUUUUGAAAAUGAGGCACUUGAUGGCUUGGCUGGAGCAACAUGGUCGGAAGGAGGAACUGGAAAGUAUGCAGGAGUACUGGGACCAGUACGGCGCAAAAGGCUCUGAUUGA